GUCUGGGUUAGGGAGAGUUUCCAUGUCAAGAUUUAAAAGUAGGAUUAUUCUUCAUGAAUCCCUUUCUUUAGUGGUUUCGUUCAUCUAAAUAUUAUUUAUAGAUUCAAAAUUACUCUGUUAUAAAUUAUAAAUCUGCAAGUUUUUAAAUUAUUUAAACAAAAAUGGAAUUUGGUAUUGGAGCUCUCUCAGCCAUUGGUGCUUGUUUUUUCACAAAUCCAUUAGAAGUUGUUAAAACACGCUUCCAGCUGCAAGGAGAGCUUCGAAAAAGAGGUCAGUAUACUGUCCAUUACAAAAAUUUCUUACACGCUGGUUAUAUAAUUGCAAAGACAGAAGGAAUUUUGGCUCUUCAGAAAGGUCUAGUACCAGCGCUUUAUCACCAAGUGCUACUGAACGGUGUCAGGCUCGGAGGAUACCAAAUCGCUGAAGAUAAGAAUCUGUACAAGAAAAAGAAUGGUGAAGUAUCCCUUUUGAACACAAUCGCGAUAGGUGGUGUCAUGGGUGUAGCUGGAGCUUAUGCAGGAAGCCCUUUACAGUUGAUGAAAAUACGUCUACAAGCACAAUCGGCAGAGAGUAUAGCUGUAGGAACUCAACAUAAAGUUUCUGGCACCUUUAGUGCUUUAACGGAGAUUUGGAAAUCGGAGGGUUUCUUUGGCCUUUGGAGAGGAGUGACUGGUUCUGUUCCCCGUUUGUCCGUAGGAUCCGCCAGCCAGCUGGGAACUUUUUAUGUAGCCAAAGAAUUUCUUGCAACUAAUUCAUAUUAUCAGGUAGCUCCUGGUCUUUUAAACACUUUCUUGGCAAGUAUGAUGGGUGGAGUCGUUGUAGCAAUCACAAUGGGUCCAUUAGAUGUAAUUUCAACUCGACUCUACAACCAAGGUGUUGAUUCUCAGGGAAAAGGAGUCUUGUAUUCUGGUUACUUUGAUUGUGUCUCAAAAAUGUGGAAAACCGAAGGCUUCAGAGGAUUCUAUAAAGGAAUAGUACCUUGCUACAUGAGGAUUGGGCCACACACAGUUCUUUGCUUCGUAUUUUGGGAUGAACUGAAGAAAGUACACCAAAAGUUUUUUAGGUCUGAAGAACCGUUGGUCACUUCUUGAAGCUUGUAAUGUAAAUUACUGAAUAACAUGAACAUUAUAUGACAAAGGAAAAAAUUAUGGCCGUUAUUUAUAAACCACAAUGAACAGUAUUUUACUUGCUUAAGAUAAAUUUAACAGCUUCAUGCAAUAAAUAAAUUUUUAUAUUUAAAAAGAAAUGAGAAACGUUACUUGUUCUUCUGGUCCAUCUAGGACGUUUUAUUUUUAGCAUUAACUGUUUCUUCUUUCUUGAGCAACAUUUUAUUAUGUUUCAUCUCUAAUUAAUCAUAUGCUACAGUUUGCUGUUCUUUGUUAAAGCUGUAUUAAAUUAUUUAUAAAAUGUUGAAAUGUUUAAUAGUUUUUAAAUUUGUUGAUUUAAUGUUAUUAUAUUUUAAUAAUAAAGAGUAUAUAUGUUUUUU